AUGUCCUUGCCUCAGGGCGAGCAAGUCCGAGCUAUGUCUAUCUGGAUCAAUGGCACUGGAGAAGGACUAUGCUUCAAGACCCAUACCCUGGACUAUGAGCACAAGUGUGUAGAAGAGUUGCCCAAGUGGAAUUUUGAUGGCUGUAGUACUUUUCAGUCUGAAGGCUCCAACAGUGACAUGUAUCUCAUGCCUGCUGCCAUGUUUUGGGACCCCUUCUGCAAGGACCCCCCCAACAAGCUGGUAUUCUGUGAAGUUUUCAAGUACAACCGAAAGCCUAUAGAGACCAAUUUAAGAUACACUUGUAGACAGAUAAUGGACAUGGCAGGCAAUCAGCACCCCUGGUUUGGAAUGGAGCAGGAAUACGGUUGCAUGGGGACAGAUGGGCACCCCUUUGGUUGGCCUUCCAAUGGCUUCCCUGGGCCCCAAGGUCCAUAUUACUGUGGUGUGGGAGCAGACAGAGCCUAUGGCAGGGAUACCGUGGAGGUUCAAUAUUGGGCCUACUUAUAUGCUGGAGUCAAGUUUGCAAGGACGAAUGCUGAGGUCAUGCCUGCCCAGCGGGAAUUCCAAAUAGGACCCUGUGAAGAUAUCAGCAUGGGAGAUCAUCUCUGGGUGGACUGUUUUAUCUCGCAUCAUGUAUGUGAAGACUUUGAAGUGAUAGCAACCUUUGAUCCCAAGCCCAUUCCUGGGAAUUGGAAUGGUGCAGGCUGCCAUACCAACUUCAGCACCAAGGCCAUGCGGGAGGAGAAUGGUCUGAAGUACAUUGAUGAGGCCAUUGAAAAGCUAAGCAAGCGGCACCAGUACCACAUUUAUGCCUAUGUUCCCGAGGGGGGCCUGGACAAUGCCCGACACCUAACUGGAUUCCAUGAAGCCUCCAACAUCAACAACUUUUCUGCUGGUGUAGCCAACCAUGGCACCAGCAUCAGCAUUCCCUGGGCUGCUGGCCAGGAGAGGAGGGCCUACUUUGAAGACUGA